CUACUUCCAUGCGUGGACCAAACCAGUAUUUUAAACUAAAACAAUAAAGAUUCCACUGUACAACUAACCCUCCCCCCCACCACCACACAAACACAUAUAUAUAUCUUCAACUAUUUCCUCCUUCCCUUGUCCAUCAGCUUCCAAUUGUAAAACAAAAAUCAAACUAAAAAGCAAAUAUGUUUGCUUCACCAAAUUCCUCUUCAACUUCUCUUUCUUUAUCCUUCCUCUCCAAGACCACCCCUCCUUCUCAUCAGGCGGCAAGCCGUGGCCGCUUCUGCGUCUCAUGUAAAGCUUCUGCAACUAGAGAGAGAGAUUAUUACAAGUUGCUUUCGGUGAGUGGUGGGUGCAAUGCUAGUCCUGAAGAAAUUAAGAAGGCAUACAGAGCCAUGGCUUUGCGAUAUCAUCCUGAUCUUGUUUGUGAUCCUUUGCUCAAAGAACAAUCAACUAGAAUGUUUGUUCAGCUCAAUGCAGCUUACAAGACUCUCUCUGAUCCUGUUCUUAGAAGACAAUACGAUGACUCUCUUAAUAUGGGAUUCAAUACAAAAGGCUUUCGAGGAGAUUCAGCUGUUUGGGAAAGACAGAUUCUUGAGCUCAAACGUCGCUCCUCUCAACGCAAAGAUCGGUCCGCUCCUGCUUCGUGGGCUGCAAGAAUGCAAGCUCAUAGUCGUUGUUAGCCUUUGCUCUAAAUUUAAGCUUUUCACUCAAGGACUGCUUCCUUCAUAUAUAUAUUCUUUCAUACCUAUCAUAAAAGAGUAGUUUUCUUUGUUGGGUAUUCUAUUUCAUAACAAAGAGAACUUUGUGAAGUUUUUUUUUUCUUCCUUUUUUCUUUCCAAUCAAAGCUUCUACUAAAAUAAAGCAAUCUAGAAUUAAUUCACAAUAAUAAGCAAAUAAUUAAACGA